CCCAAAAUUUGGUUCAAAGAAAAGGAAAAACAAAAACAAACGGCGAACGAUAAGAGUAAACACCAGAAUAGGCAUCUCUUUGUUAAUGGCCAAUCUGUUGUUUCACCGAUCUCCAUUCUUCAGUGCUCUCUAUUUUUGUUCAUUCUUUACUAAGAGAAGUUAGAAGUUGUAAAGCUUGGUUAGAGAGAGUGAAAACGCACACGUGAUGUCUUUUGACGGAGCUGAAAGGCCAUGGAAAUGUGGGAAAGGGGGUACUGUGAAUUUACAGAAAGUGACUUCCAUUGUUCGGGACAUUGGGGAACCUUGUCUUCAUCAGUCAUCAAUAAAGAUGAGCAAAAUGCUUAAGCCUGACAGGUGGCAGACAAUCUUUGAAAAGGAUGGGAAGGUACAUGGUUUUAGGAAAGUGCUGAAAUUGAUCAUAUUAGGGGGUGUGGAUCCAGCUAUUAGACCAGAAGUUUGGGAAUUUCUCUUGGGCUGUUAUGCUUUGGGAAGCUCCGCUGAGUACCGAAAGCAGUUGAGGACUGCUAGAAGGGAACGCUACAGAGACCUCAUAAAGCAGUGCCAAUCAAUGCAUUCCAGUGUAGGAACUGGUUCCCUUGCUUAUGUUGUUGGGUCCAAGGUCAUGGACAUGAGAACAAGUUCCAAAGAUGACUGCCGAAGAGAAGCUGAUGUCAAGAGCAGUCAAGCUUCUGAUGUAAAUACUGACAAUUUAUACGGUUACAGUGAUUUUGAUAAUAAUUGUAUAGACACACAACAUACACAUCAAAGGGAAAGCUCUACUGAUUCCGGUGACCUUAUAAGUGCAAGGGGAAGCACAGAUGAGGCAGCAUUGGACUCUUUCUUUUCUGUGCCUACUUUGGGUCCAUACGGCUGCCGAUCCACCGAACUUGGGGGUGAAGCAUGUCAAUCAGCAUCUGUAAAUGAGAACUAUUUUGAUUUUCCUGCUUUACCUGUUACUGACUUAUUUGGAAAGAGUAUCAAAAAUAAGAAAGGUCAUAGGUCAUAUGGUAAGAGAAAUUUAGCAAGGCGUAAAUUGAAAUAUGGAGAAGACAAGAUGCACAGUUUCAGAAUAAAUAAUAAUGCAGAUCUAGUCGUAGAAGCAAAUGUUUCCUCAUCAAAUGACGUGUCUCAUUCCCUGAACUCUGAAAUUGAGAGGGUUCAUCCUACUGGGCCGGAUUCAGUGUCAUGGUCUGGAAAAUUCCAGGAACGUGAAACAGAGAUUUUUACCAAACUCAGAAUAUCUGACGCACCCGACACUCCAAAUAUGAAUGCGAGAACACCUCCAAGAGAUGGUUUCAGUGAUGAAAGAGUGUCAGAAUGGCUCUGGACAUUACAUCAGAUAGUUGUUGAUGUAGUCAGAACAGAUAGCCAUCUUGAAUUCUAUGAGGAUAGAAAAAAUUUGGCUAGAAUGUCAGAUAUCCUGGCUGUUUAUGCAUGGGUUGAUCCGGCAACGGGAUAUUGCCAAGGAAUGAGUGAUCUCUUGUCUCCUUUUGUUGUUCUGUUUGAGGAUAAUGCUGAUGCAUUCUGGUGCUUUGAGAUGCUUCUACGGAGAAUGCGUGAGAACUUUCAGAUGGAAGGGCCAACUGGUGUCAUGAAGCAAUUGCAAGCUCUAUGGCAUAUUGUGGAACUUACAGAUCGAGAAAUGUUUUCUCAUUUGUCAAGCAUAGGUGCUGAAAGCCUUCACUUCGCCUUCCGGAUGCUUUUGGUGCUCUUCCGCCGAGAAUUAUCUUUUAAUGAGGUUCUUUGUAUGUGGGAGAUGAUGUGGGCUGCAGAUUUUGAUGAAUCGGUCACUUAUCAUCUAGAGGAGAACUGCCCUGAAAUAUUGGUCAUUCAGAUUCCAAAGGAAUCUGAGGCAGAAUCAGGAGAAGAAAUUAUUGAGAAUAAUAGUGAUUCAAAGGAUGACUCGCCCUCUAAACAUGGAAGUGGAGAGCGUACUGUCUCUGCAAACAACGGGAUGAAGCUUUCCUUAGCUCAUCCAUUUUGUGGCCUUACAAGGAAUUUUUGGUCCAAAAGUAGUGGCAUGCACAGUGUUAAUAUGGUCUCAUCAACAAGGAGUACUGUCGAUGAAUUACCAGUUUUUUGUGUAGCAGCUAUUCUUGUCAUGAACCACCAGAAGAUCAUUAAACAAACUCACUCAAUUGAUGAUCUUAUAAAGAUAUUCAACGACAAUAUGUUAAAGAUUCGGGUCAAGAGGUGUGUACGGACUGCCAUCAAACUGCGGAGGAAGUACUUCUACAAGCUGAUUAAAGGUAGAAAUCCAGCAGCCCAAAAUGGUGACUGAGUGUUUGGACUCUUCCAUUUGCUUAGAUGGCAAGUCAGAUCUCUCAUGUGGAGUUAUUAACUGUAAUAUGAUUUUAACGUUGGUGUGCGGAACAAUUAUCAGAUAUAGUUUUCUUUGGAGUUCAUACAGCAAUGUGGUUGGCAUUUGAGUAUACAUCCAUGCACUACCUUCACGCAAGGUUCUUUGCUGUUAGGAUGGCUCCCCAUGCAUCAGUGUACACAGCACAAACGAAGGAAUACUUUCCUCAUUGCUCUUGAGAUCCAUAUUAAAGAGCAAACAUUUCUUAUUCUCCUUCAACUAUCUAUUGUAGAAUGACUUGACUUGCAUUAAUUGAAAAGGAGUUCCAUUGCCUUGGAUGAAUCGAUUUGCAUUUGGCUGCAGAAUUGAUAAUUUGCCUAAACCAUUAUUUUUCGAGUCUUCUCUAUGGAUAUUGGAAGUACUUGGUGAAAGAGCUAAAGUUUAGUCUUCAGGACUGUUAAGUUGCAUGUUUCAUUUACCUUGGUUGGUGAAUACAAUCAAGUGGUUAGGGAACACAAAUUUUGCUGUCAUAAAGUUAGUGGUAAGGAUUAUGUAUCAGCAAUUUUGAUAAACUUGUCAGCAUUCAGAUGUCUCAGGGGAGAGUUUAAAGAGUUGAUGAGAAUUAGGAGUGCCAUUCAGAUAAUAUUUCUGGAGAAAGAAAAAAAUGAAGAUUUUUUCAUAUCUUUGUUACGACUUGUCUUCAAUCAUUACAAGCGUACAAACAGUAAGAAAGUAUUUAUUUAUCCUUACAAGCGUAGAAACAGUAAAAAAAUGUGUUGUGCGGUACUUUAUAUGGGACUGUUCAUGCUCGUUAACAUGCAAUCUCAGUGUAGUUGAUAGACCUCCCAUCUCGUUCAACGCAAAGGGACUGAAUGCUCUUCAGAGUUGGCUGCAUACAAAAACAGAUUCAUAAAAGAACCUUCUAUUAUAACUUUGCUGGUGAAUUAGUAUAUUCUUGUCCUUUUUCUGGUGUGAAUUUUGUUUUAGGUGAACAGAGACUUGAUUUGUCAUGCCGGCCUAGCUGUUUUUUUCUGA